GUUUCGACUCCCCUCCUCCCCCUCUCCCUCCCUCUCCUACUCUCUCUUCGACGGUUCUUGUGUUCCGUCCAUCGAGCGCGGGCGAAUGGGAUUUCUGCGCUACAGUCCAAACCUGAUCCCCCCGCCGCGGUUCCCGAGGCAACGACCGGUAGUUUGACUGAUUGUUUUGGGUGAUCAUUUGUGUACAUUGAUCGAUUGGCUGAUUCAGUCAUUACAUCAAAUCGAUGCGCCACGUGGCAGUCAAUCUGUCAAUCAGGGAGGCCACGUGGUAGGCAGGCAGGAGCACGUGUGGUAGGCAGGCAGGAGCACGUGUGGUAGGCAGGCAGGAGCACGUGUGGUAGGCAGGCAGGAGCACGUGUCUUCCCUCGCCGGGAUCGCGAUCCCAGCCGCUUUAGUAGGGGUACUUGAAGCGCUGAAGCCGCGGCUUAAACGGCUGCAGACGACGAUCAUUCGCUACACCAAUCAACCAAUCAAUCAAUCAAUCAAUCAAUCAAUCGACCAACCAAUCAACCAACCAAUCAAGCAAGCAAGCGAUCGACUUCGCAUUCGUUCUCUCGCCCUCUCCAUAUCUGCUUUCUUCGUUCUUCCGUCUUGUCUUUUUUUUUGAUUUUUGAUUUUUUGUUAACCAACCAAUCAACCAAUCAAGACAUCGAGUCCCGUUGAUCGACGACGAUUGAUCGCCGUUGAUUGCCCAGAUGGCUGACGUUCAUAUGGACGGCGCGUACGUUCCAGCGCCGGCGCCAGCUGCGGCGGGGCGGGAGAUGUCAGAGGCGCCAGCUGCGUUGACAGGGGGAGGAGGGAGUGUAGCAUCGCGCGGGCCGCAGAGGAAAAAAAGGACCGUACAUCAGAAUCUCGGUGGUGGCAAGUGUAAUUGCGGAUAUCUUGCUAUGGAGAUCAAUCCACUUGAGUGGAGGUAUAGUGGCUGGGAUGACGUUGGUAUGGGCCGUCUUUGAGUUCUCAGGCUACACACUCCUUACCCUUCUAUCGAACACUCUCCUUGUUCUUGUGGCUGCAAUGUUCUUCUGGGCGAACGUGGCACACUUUCUCA